GGUGUCCAUCCUUUAAUUUUUAUUUUUUAUAAAAAUUUGCUCUGUAAACAGUUUCUCGCAAUUAACAGCUAAGAAAUGGAGUACAUAUCUCCUGAAAAUAUUACACCAUCAAACAGCACACGAAUAUUAUGCUGUCAGUGCGCUGUGCCGAUCGAAGCGAAUCCUUCGAAUAUGUGUGUGGCGUGUCUUAGAGCCCAUGUGGACAUUACUGAGGGCAUACCUAAGCAAGCCACUCUUUUUUUCUGCAGAGGAUGUGAGAGAUAUUUGCAACCCCCAGCAGAAUGGCUUGUGUGUGCUUUGGAGUCUCGAGAGCUCUUAGCCCUCUGUUUGAAAAGGCUCAAGGGUCUUAAUCGAGUUAAACUCAUUGAUGCAGGGUUUGCCUGGACCGAGCCUCACUCUAAGAGGAUAAAGGUGAAACUAACUGUACAGGGUGAAGUAAUUGGUGGAGCAGUUCUUCAACAAACUUUUAUAGUUGAGUUCAACAUUCAGCACCAAAUGUGUGAUGCUUGCCAUCGCUCCGAAGCUCAGGAUUAUUGGCGCGCAUUGGUGCAAGUGAGACAACGCGCAAAUAAUCGAAAGACAUUUUAUUAUUUGGAGCAGCUCAUUUUGAAGCAUAAAGCGCAUGAGAACACUUUAGGAAUUAAACCUAAGCAUGACGGCUUAGACUUCUUCUACGCAACAGAAAAUCACGCACGCAAAAUGGUGGACUUCAUCCAAUCAAUGUUGCCUGUAAAAUGUCAACACUCAAAGAAGCUUAUAUCCCAUGAUAUACAUAGCAAUAUCUAUAACUACAAAUUCACUUUUAGUAUAGAAAUUGUGCCUUUAUCUAAAGACAGUUUAGUGUGUCUUCCGAAGAAAUUGACGCAGCAGUUGGCUGGCAUAUCGCCUAUAUGUUUGGUACAUAGAGUUACCAGUACCAUACAACUUAUUGAUGCUAGUACUGGACAAAUGUGUGACGUAUCAUCAACUGUCUACUGGAGGCAUGCUUUCAAUACCAUCUGCAACCCGAAGCAGUUGGUUGAAUAUAUCGUCAUGGAUAUUGAUAUUUUGAAGGAGCAUGAAAAAAAAUCAUUCCCCGGUCAAGGCAUGGUGUCCAACAAACAUAUAGUAGCUGACGUGUGGGUAGUAAAGGCUAGUGAACUAGGUUUAGAUGUCUCUCCUGUACAUACUAAGACACAUUUGGGACACAUUUUGAAACCUGGAGACACUGUUUUGGGCUACAAUCUUGGCGAUUCCAACGUCAAUGACGAUAAUCUGGAUAAAUUAAACCAAAAUCAAGUGCCGGACGUAUUCCUUGUGAAGAAGUUCUACGGCGAGCGAGCAGCGAGACGGCGCGCGCGCAACUGGAAACUUAAACAUAUGGCAGAUGAUCUACAUGACGGUAUUAGCUCCACUAAUGAGGACUACAACGAAUUCCUCGACGAUCUCGAAGAAGAUCCGGCAUUUAGACAGAACAUCAACAUAUUCAAAGAUGCCAAUAAGAUAGCAGUGGAUAUAGACGAAAUUGAUCCUGGGUUGCCGCGCAUCACGCUAGCUGAAAUGCUAGACGAUUUGAACAUCGAAGAUGUAGAGAUGAGUGAAGUUUGAUUAAGAAGAAAAACGAACCUGUCAGUUCGUGAUAUUUAAUCACGAAAAAAAAACCUUAAAAGAUUUCGUCUCUUGGAUGUCUGCAAAAAUAUUGUCCAAUGUCCGCCGGUAAAUUGUUAUACAUAACAUACCUUACAUAAGUUAUAUAUCUAUGAGAAUAGUGUUAUCUAAAUAAAGUGCAUAAAUGUUGAAACUUUUAUACUUUACAUUACUGUUAAUAAAAGGCGUAAAACGUACACAUCACAUGUUCGUCUUCAGUAUUCACGGUUUAGGUAAACAAAGUGCGACAAUGGAUCUUCCUAUCAAGUAAGAACCCUGUCUCAAAAUUCAGCUCUGGCCUACAACGUGCGCACACAUAAUGUACUCUGCUAGACCUGCAGUAUUUUUUAAAAGAGCGAAGUGCAAUGCCUACAAC